UCUAGAUCGAUCAAUCUUUCGGGAUUGUCAUGGCAGUAAUCCGGCGGUGACGGAAAGGAGAUUUGGAGGGGAAGAAGGGGCGUUAGAAUGAAGAGAGUGAGUGAGUGAGAGCGGGUUUUCUUUAUCCCUCGUUUGCUCAUUUGCAACCGAAAAUGAAGGUGACCAAAAUUCGAUCACACUCCUUAACUCAUUUUCACGUCCCAUUUACCUGCAACCAAACACCCCCUUAUUUUACUCCGAACCUUCGUCCAAUUGAAUAUAACUCAGGUCAUACACCCUCGGAACUUCAACGAGAAAAUACUCCCACUUUCUCGCACUUUCCCACCCACCAAACACCGCUCCCCAUUUCCCCAUGGCCACCCCACAGCUCUUCUCCUCCUUCAAAUACUCGGACAGCCUUACCGUCUUGAGCAUCUCGUUCUGCACCGCGAUAGUCUGCGAGGCCAUUUCAUGGCUACUCAUCUACCGCACCACCUCCUACAAGUCCCUCCGGUCCUCCAUCGACAAGGCCGCCAAGAAGUUGGAGACCAUGAAGACCGAGUCCUCCUCCGCUAAGCUCGCCAAGAAGUCCAAAACUAAGAAGAUCGACCGAGUCGAGAGCAGCCUCAAGGAGUCGAGCCGCGACCUCUCGCUCUUCAAGUUCAAGUCCGGCGCCGUGGUCGCGCUCGUCCUCUUCGUCGUCUUCGGCCUCCUCAACUCGCUCUUCGAAGGCAAGGUCGUGGCCAAAUUGCCGUUCAAGCCCUUCGGGAUCGUCAUGAAGAUGAGCCACAGAGGCCUGCAAGGCGACGAUCCGACCGAUUGCUCCAUGGCGUUCCUCUACUUCCUCUGCUCUAUCAGCAUCCGCACCAAUCUGCAGAAGUUUCUAGGGUUUGCUCCGCCACGAGGCGCCGGCGCCGGCCUCUUCCCCAUGCCCGAUCCCAAAACCAAUUGAUCUUGAUCUGACCACGAGAGUCUACUUGAGAUGACACUUGCAACAACAAGAAGAUGACAAGAGAGGAUGCACUGAGAUUUACAAAUUUGGAGCCAAUGACAAGGAGCUUUUUAGCGAUGUCCAAUUGGAGGGAAGCCUGACUGAUGAAGCAAUUGAAGGGCUCUUGUAACAAUGGAGACUUUAGGCGACAGAAAUUAACAAAAAAGUCAUGGAUCUGCAGUUUGGGCGUGUGAAGCCCAAGCA